AUGACACUAAUGGAAGAAGUAGAGCAGAAAGUUCUGCAUAUCAUCACUAAUCCAUCAUUGUCUUUCAAAGAGCAAGUGGAGGAGGAGAAGGAGGAGGUGCAGGAGGAGGCGCAGCAUGAUGAAGAGGCUCAGGAGGACGCAGGAGGGGAUGAAGAGACCACUCAGGAACAUGAUGGAGAAGAGGAGACAGAAGAUGGAGGAGAGGAGGCUAAGCCCAAAUUCCUAAAACCUUUUAUGCUGCCAAAUCUGGUGCCUCCAAAGAUCCCAGAUGGAGAAAGAGUCGAUUUUGACGACAUCCACCGUAAGCGUAUGGAGAAGGACCUGAAUGAGCUGCAGACGCUGAUCGAAGCUCACUUUGAAAGCCGUAAGAAAGAAGAAGAGGAAAUCAUAAGCCUUAAAGACAGAAUUGAGAAGCGUCGUUCGGAGCGAGCGGAGCAGCAGAGGAUCCGCAGCGAGCGAGAGAGGGAACGACAGAAGCGUUUGGAGGAGGAAAGAGCUCGCAAGGAGGAAGAGGAAGCCAAAAAGAGAGCAGAAGACGAUGCAAAGAAGAAGAAGACGCUCACCAGUCUGCACUUUGGCGGUUACAUGCAGAAGAUAGAAAGACGUAGCGGAAAGAAACAGACUGAAAGAGAGAAGAAGAAGAAAAUUCUUGGUGAUCGACGCAAACCGUUGGACAUCGACAACGCCAACGAAUCUGCUCUAAGGGAGAAAGCAAAGGAAAUGUGGAGCUGGAUGCGUGAACUAGAAGCAGAGAAGUUUGAGUUACAGUAUCAGUUCGGCAAACAGAAAUAUGAGAUCAAUGUCCUGAGGAACAGAGUCAGUGACCAUCAGAAAACGUCAAAGAGAACCAAGCGAGGCCUCAGGAAGUGAAUGCUGUGCUGAAAAACAGAUUAGAAUCCUCACAAAUCCACCGAAAUCAUGAAGACAAGAGCUGACUGCUGUUGAAAUUUAAUUUGCCUUUGGUUAGAUUUCACUGAACAAUGUAGAUUUUAUCUGAAUAAAAAAC